CUUCGUGUCUGUGUCAACGUCUUUCAGGAACCUGUGUACGUAUUUAUAUUUUAUGUCAAAAUUAUUCACUUCACCCUUCAACUCGGAAAGCCGCCCUAAAUAUUUGAAGAAGCAGUUCGAAGUGAACCCCGAAUCGAAGCAUAUGGUGGAGAUCGGCCACCAAGUCGACCUGAAAUGUAUGCCUCCCGUGGGCAUGCCACCUCCGCGCGUGUACUGGUUGAGAGGCAAUCAAAUUCUGCAACCCGACACAGACGUUCUAGUGACCAGUGAAGGCCACCUCCUUAUCGGACAGGCUCGGCCUCAGGAUAAUGGAAACUACACCUGCGUCGCUGAGAACAUUGCCGCAAAAAGAAUGGCACCAACAUCGCAAAUCGUCGUUUAUGUUGUGCUUGCUUGUGCGGCUCUUGAUAUAGGCUUAUGCCCCUCCUGGGGUCUUCACUUUCCAGAAACUACUCCUAUGCUCGUUUAUUCUUUGGGAAAAAGUUCACCCCGUUUGAUCAAUAUGAAGACUCUGACGACAAUCACAAUUCAACUAGAUGAGGAGAUGUUUUCAUGUUUCAUAUUUAGUAGAACUGUGACACCUCCGUUACUUGUUAACGAAGGCAGUCAGGACAACGGUCAUAUAUGA